ACUAUAAAAGGUACACGUCCACAGGAAGUCUUCAUUCGCUUUUCUUGGAGCCUUCUCUUCUCCUCGGUCCCCCAGUCCUCAGUAUCUCAGCUACUGCAAAAGUCUAGGUUGAUCAGACGAUACCAAUAUGGGAAAUGCUCUUAGGUUCCUAUUUGUAAAAUGUAGCAAAACCACCACUGCCACUGGGGAUUCUGAUUCACUAGAACCCCCUUAUAGACCAACCGUUUCUGGGGUUUCAGCUUUUGCCCAUGAUCUCUUCAAUUUUGAAAUCACCUCCCAGGUUCCUGAAGGUCUCAGUCAGCAUGUUGUAUCAUCAAGGAAAGCUCAGGCUAACUGGUAUGGAAAGCUACUACAGGCAUGGAGAGAAGCAAAACCACCACCAAAAACGCCUGAAAUGGUUGCUAUGCUUGUUAUUGAGACCUUGAAUAGACAUCAAAAGGCAGAUGUUGAGGGCUUGCUGGAAUUCUAUGGCCUUCCAAAUCCUUCUAUCAAUGUGGGAAUUUAUCCUAGAAUGCGAACAAGAUUGCCUGAACCAGUGCUGUUUGAAAUGCAUACACUACCAGUAGAUGGGAACACGGUACCAGAUGGGGAUGGUAUAAAUGUGUAUGUGAGUACUGUUGAUCCCAGGGAGUCAUCAAUCGUACCUAGAGAUGUUCUUAUUGCUGCAGACCAAAGAUCUAAAGCACGUGCUAAGAAGAAUUAUGACAAAGCAGAUGAACUUCGCCAGAAAAUUAUUGAAUCAGGAUACCAGGUCAUAAAUCUUCAAAAUGAACAGAUCCUUGCUCGAAAGUAUCGCAUUCGACUAAGAGGUAUAGACGCACCAGAGAAUUCUAUGCCGUAUGGAGAAGAAGCCAAACAAGAGUUGAUUAAUCUUGUUCAUGGCAAGUGUUUGAGAGUGCUCGUCUAUGGGGAAGAUCGUUACGGUCGCUGCGUGGCAGACGUAUACUGUGAUGGCAUAUUUGUGCAGGAAGUAAUGCUAAAGAAAGGACUUGCAUGGCAUUAUGCAGCAUAUGACCAACGCAUUGAACUUGCAACUUGGGAAAGAGAGGCUCGGGCAAAGCGAAUCGGCCUUUGGGCAUCAUCGAACCCUGAGAAGCCAUGGGAAUGGAGGAAGGACAGACGAGAAGCUACUUGGUUGUUUUAUAUGACAGCAGUUGGCAGUGUACAGCACAAGAUCACCUGAAAGUCAUAUGUUUUUUUGUGGAACCAAAGCAUGUAAGUGUCAUAAUUGUUCUCUUCUCUCUUCCCGUCUGAGGGAGUUCUAUCUUUGUUCUCUUUGUAUGUGUUUUUGAAACAAGCAGUGCAACUAAAAUAGAUCUUCAAGGGAGCAUUGUACCAUAAUAUAGCGUGCUGAAUCAUAUAAAUGAACAAUUUUAUUUAAAGCUUAGUUAUCAAGAAUACACAACUAUUUGGCAGCUCAUGAUCACCGAAAGACUGAAUGGCAAAUUCAUGUUGGCCGAACCAAAGCAUGUAGUAGGACCACUGCUCCAUGUAAAAUUUCCAGUAAAUAGCAUAGAUUUCAA